AUGACUACCAACGUACUAUCAACCACUGAUCGAGCAAUUAAAACGGUCGACCCAAUGAUAGACCUUCUAUUAACAUACGACCAAUUUAUUGAUACGGCAGGUAACAUUGAUUUCCCAACGUUAUUAAACCAUUUAAAGCAAGAAGGAAGACUUCACCCCGACGCUCUUCUCCAAAUACUAAAACGCACGCAAGACAAACUCCGGGCUCUUCCCAAUGUCAUCACAAUAACUGGACGCACCGCAGUUUUUGGAGAUAUCCAUGGACAGUUUUAUGAUUUGUGUAAUAUAUACCAAGACUUUAAUGGGUCGAGUGAGAAGAUGUUAUUUCUUGGGGACUAUGUUGAUCGUGGGUGCUUCGGAACGGAAGUCAUCAUCUUACUUUUCUGUCUCAAACUUCAAUUUCCGGAUCGAGUUAGUUUGCUUCGAGGAAACCACGAGUGCCGACUGAUGACAAGUUACUUCAAUUUCAAACAAGAAUGCCUUUGGAAAUAUAACACACAAAUCUACGACGAGAUCAUGAACACGUUCGACUGUUUACCCCUCUGUGCUGUCAUUGAAUCAGAUUUGGGUAACUUCUUUUGUGUCCAUGGAGGCAUUUCUCCCUCUUUGCAAACAAUCAAGGACAUCAGUUACAUCGACAGAUUUCAAGAACCACCAGAGGAUGGGCUCUUCUGUGAUUUACUGUGGAGCGACCCACAAGAUGACUCGGACUAUGACCAACUCCCUUUCAACCAACAACUGAAGUUUCAAAAUGAAUUGUUUGAUUUCAAUACGACGAGGGGGUGUAGCUAUUAUUAUGGGUUUAGUGCAGUGAGGCGAUUUUUAGCGAGGAAUGACAUAGUUUGUAUAGUUCGAGGGCAUGAAGUGCAGAAGAGUGGGUGUAAAAUGAAUUUUGAGGGUUGUUCCGAAACGCCGGUGACCAUCACGAUCUUCAGUGCGCCGAAUUACUGUGAUGUGUAUUCCAAUGAUGCUGCAGUGUUGAUGAUCACCAACGACGAACUCAGCUUUUUGUCAUAUACGUGUGUCGCCCAUCCAUUCUGGUUACCCAAAUUCGCAAAUGGGUUUUACUACACGUUGCCAAUGAUCACGGAGAACAUCAAUAAAAUUGCCAAUCGAAUCUUUAAUGCGAUUGUGUUUGAAUCAUUCAAGAACGAAGGAGAGGAACCGGCAGAAGGGUCAACGACUCCCGAGUUGGAGGAGAAGACUUCUAGCCAAGAACAAAGUCAUCACCAACGGAGUAACAGCAAAACUGCACUAAUGGCGUUUAGAAGAAGAACAUUUGUCGGCCUCUCGACGAGCUACAGCGCACUUCAGAACACCCCACCGACGAAAAAAAAGAUGACUGCGAAGGAAGCGAGACUUGGGAAGAGAACAGUCACAUUGGGAUUGAAAAUGGAAUUCAAGGACGGUGAGGCGUUGUUCACCCCAACACCAUCGGAACGAUUUGAACUGGCGAAGAGGAACGAUUUGGCGAAUGAACUGAGACCCGUCGACACUAAAGAACUGAGAAUCGAAUGGAAUAAACUCAAAAUGGAGGUCGAUCAGAAGUAUUAA